AGCCCCUCUCUCUCCUUCUUCUCCCUCUCUCUUUCUGUCUCUGCAGACUCCGCACCACACAGGGGCAAACGCCAACGAGGUCUCUCUCUCUCUCUCUCUCUCUCUCUUCGUGCAGGCGCGCAGGCGAAGGAGGAAGGAGCUUUAAAGUCUGAGUAAUCUUACUCUCUCUCUCUGGGCUCCACGAACAAAGAGCAAAGGAGAAGAAGAACCAGAUAAGUGGAGAAAAGGGAAAAGAAGGUGGAAGGUGAAGGAGGAAGGCCAAGAUGGAGACCCAACUUCCGGAGGAUUUUUGUUGCCCAAUAUCACAUGAGAUCAUGUCCGACCCCGUCAUCCUCUGCUCCGGCUACACCUUCGACCGCUCCUCCAUCCAGCGGUGGCUCGACACAGGCCACCGGACCUGCCCCAUCACCCAGACACCUCUCCCUCCACGACCCUCUCUCAUCCCCAACUACGCUCUUCGCUCCCUCAUCUCUCACUUCGCCCAGGCCCAUCACAUAUCCCUCUCGCCCACACUCCCCGCCACCAUCUCCGCCUCUGCCACCACGGCGGCCGGUACCCUCCAAUCUUACCCGUCCUCUCAGAGGCAAAAGGUCAAACAGUUAGUUUCUACCCUCGCCUCGCCGGAGUCCCCCACCUCUUCUAAGCUCGACGCCCUCUCCCUCCUCCGCCGGCCCUCCAAAUACGACGUCAACUUCCGGCAGAUUCUUACGGACUCCGGCGGCGCCUCCGCCAUUCUACUAUGUGCCUCCGACCCCCAGCUCCAGGAUUCUGCCCUCUCCGUCCUCUUCAACCUCUCCCUCGAUGACGACAACAAGGUGGGACUCGUGGCCGAAGGCGCCCUCGGCCCCGUCGUGGCUGCUCUCUCCUCGGGCUUCCCGGCCGCCCGUGCGCUCUCGGCCACCAUCAUCACCAGCCUCGCCAUCGUGGAGGUCAACAAGGGGACCAUUGGCCGGUACCCAGGGGCCGUCGAGUCGCUAGUGGAGCUGCUGAGGGACGGGAAUUUGAAAGGAAAGAGGGAGGCAGCCACAGCGCUGUCGACUCUGUGCUCGUUCCCUGAUAACAAGCGGAGAGCGGUGGAUGCCGGUGCCGUGCCCAUUCUGCUGGCCCUGGCCGCGGCCGAGGAGUCGAUGGAGCGCCCGGUGGAGGUGCUCAGCCUGCUUUCGAGGUGUGCCGAGGGACGGGAGGCAAUCCGGAAUUGCAGAGGUGGCGUUCAGGUGCUAUCCAGGAUCCUGAAGGACGGGCGGCCGCAGAGCCGGCGGGAACACGCUUUAGCUGCACUAAGUUCCAUAUGCUCGCACAGUGAGAGCUUCGCCGCGGCAGCAAAAAGGGAGGGAGUCUAUGAAUCCUGCUUGGAGUUCAUUGGGGAUGAGAACGGGAAGGUGAAGAGGAACGCCUCUAUCCUAAUUCAAGCAUUGGAAAGGUGCAGGGAUGGCUCGUGACGGUUAUUAUUGCCGUUUUUUUGCUGGGGAGUGGGCUCUAACUGGUAGUUUUGUUUGGUGGUACCUGCAAAGCUUGUUCCUGAGGUGAGGAGGUUCAUGCUUGCUGUACAAUGGAGAUUUUCCUUGCCCCUGUUUGUUGGAAUAGCAGAAAUUCUGUUUAUUGUUUUCCCCUGCCCUGCUGUGCAAAGAAAUGUACUUAACACGGUCCAUUUUGCUAUGUAAAAUGCGGUCUCGAGUUCCUUCUUAGAAUAGAAUUCAAGCUAUUUUCAUUUUCUUGUUCCAAUGUAUGUAGUCGGGGAUGACCAAAUUUUGUCUGCUCAACUUUAUGUAUAUAUUCAAUGUGAGCGCAACUGAGUAAAAGGCCAAUUGAUGAGUAUGGGAAGGAUCAUGGGUUUCCUUUUAUGUUUUAAUAUAUAUCUACAUUGUAAUUAUGACUGCUAGUUGCAAUAUAAAGUUGAAGUGUUAUUGUUAUUGUUA